UGCUUUCCACGAUUCAGGUUCCGACUCUUCUAGUCUUGACUGCACUUGCGUAGAUGGAGAUCUCCUGCAACAGUCUGGCUGACUACGCCUCUUCUAUCCCUUGACGGAACGAAAACUUCACACAAAACGGUAGGAACAAAACUCGGGAUCAUCACCUCCUCCCAUUCCUAAAAAGGAAAGCUUCAUUCAAGGACUGCGGAGCAAAACAAUGGCCGACCUUUCAGAAGAUACAGAAGUCAAGGUGGCCACUGAUGCUGCUCAAUUGUUCGUGGAUGCCUUCUACCCUACUUUAGGCAAUCCAAAGACCAGAGGCAACAUCACGAGCUUCUAUAUCAAGCCAACCCUUACCUCACCCCAGAGGCCGGACAUAACUCUCAACGGCAAUGUCAUCUCAGAUCCCUCUGAAGUGCAAAAGAUCUUCGAGACGCAGAUUCCGAAAGCGCACUACGAAGUACAAUCGUUCGACUGCCAUGUCAUUAAUCCCAACUAUAAUGUUGGCCUGGAUGAUGCGGCACUUGGUCCUAGCAAGGAUGGGAAGAAGAUGAGCAUUGUUGCUAUGGUCAGUGGAAGUGUGAAGUAUUACAAAAGUAGCGAAGAUGAGGAAGCUAGGGCUGAACCGAGGGGUUUUACGGAAACGUUCGUCUUGGUACCAAAUCAGGAAGCACAAGGUCCAAAAGCUGCUAAGGGUCUCAAAGGGUGGCUGAUCCAGAGCCAAAAUUUUAGAUUGGUGCUUUGAGCAGUGAAGGUGAAGAAGUUGGGAGUGAAAACAAGGAGUGAGGAGUUUAUCUGCGUACCAAGUCAGGAGGCAAAAGGUCCCAAGGCAAUGAGGAGAGAGCUCUCAAAAAGUGGGGUUUCAAGAGCCGAAACUUCAACUUGGUGUUCUGAUGGCUUGCUUUACGAGCAACAGCAAACAAACCACUUUCUUCAAUCACAAAACUACUUUUCGCUCUCCUGGCUUUGACUUAUUCGUUGCCUCGCUCAUUGCUUCCUCAAUAAUUCGACUGUCUAGUUCUGUUGAAC